AGCUAACUUCUUCUUCGGCGCUCAGGAGAAGUACUCUUUUUCUUCUUCUUCUUCUUCUUUGGCUGCUGCUACCGGAAGCGGAACCUUUAUUUUUCCGCUGUGUCACAGUUCACACAGCGCAGACAGAGCAAAGAUGGCGUCGCUGAGUGACAAGUCAGUUUGGGACGAGGUGGAGGAUGGCAUCGGCGAAGAAGUGUUAAAAAUGUCCACGGAGGAGAUCGUCCAGCGAACUCGGCUCCUGGACAGCGAGAUCAAGAUCAUGAACAGCGAGGUGCAGAGGGUGACCCACGAGCUGCAGGCCAUGAAGGACAAGAUCAAGGAAAACACGGAGAAGAUAAAGGUGAACAAAACGCUGCCGUACCUGGUGUCGAACGUCAUCGAGCUGCUGGAUGUGGACCCCAACGACCAGGAGGAGGACGGGGCCAACGUGGACCUGGACUCCCAGAGGAAAGGAAAGUGUGCCGUCAUAAAGACCUCCACACGACAGACCUACUUCCUGCCGGUGAUCGGGCUGGUGGACGCCGAGAAGCUGAAGCCCGGAGACCUGGUGGGUGUCAACAAAGACUCCUACCUGAUCCUGGAGACCCUACCCACCGAGUACGACUCCAGGGUGAAGGCCAUGGAGGUGGACGAGCGCCCCACAGAGCAGUACAGCGACAUAGGAGGGCUGGACAAGCAGAUCCAGGAGCUGGUGGAGGCAAUAGUCUUGCCCAUGAACCACAAAGAGAAGUUCGAAAACCUGGGCAUCCAGCCACCCAAGGGGGUCCUGAUGUAUGGGCCACCUGGCACAGGGAAGACCCUCCUGGCUAGGGCCUGCGCUGCUCAGACCAAGGCCACCUUCCUGAAGCUGGCCGGUCCCCAGCUGGUCCAGAUGUUCAUCGGAGAUGGAGCCAAGCUGGUGAGAGACGCCUUCGCCCUGGCCAAAGAGAAGGCUCCAUCCAUCAUCUUCAUUGACGAGCUGGACGCCAUCGGAACCAAGAGGUUUGACAGCGAGAAGGCGGGAGACAGAGAGGUGCAGAGGACCAUGCUGGAGCUGCUCAACCAGCUGGAUGGAUUUCAGCCCAACAUGCAGGUCAAGGUGAUUGCUGCGACCAACAGAGUGGACAUCUUGGACCCUGCUCUGCUCCGCUCGGGUCGUCUUGACAGAAAGAUUGAGUUCCCCAUGCCUAACGAAGAGGCCAGAGCUCGCAUCAUGCAGAUUCACUCCCGCAAGAUGAACGUCAGUCCAGACGUUAACUACGAGGAGUUGGCUCGCUGCACCGACGACUUCAACGGAGCCCAGUGCAAAGCUGUGUGUGUAGAGGCUGGUAUGAUCGCGCUGCGUCGUGGAGCCACAGAGCUGAAUCAUGAGGAUUACAUGGAGGGAAUCCUGGAGGUCCAGGCAAAGAAGAAGGCAAAUCUCCAGUACUACGCCUGAGGACAUUGCCCGUCUCUGUUUGUGUGUGUGAGAGAGUCUUUGAUUGUUCAAAUAUUUGCUGAGUAAACACUUGUUACAAUUGCCAAUUAACUUGAGUUAAUAAAAAGAAGCAAAAUCUCUUAA